CCAGGCCUCCUUCGACAGCCAGGACUUCCUCCAGGUCAAUGUUGAGGACACUGUCGAGAUGCUGCCCAAGUCACGGCGCGCGCUGACCAUCCAGGAGAUUGCUGCCCUGGCCCGCUCCUCACUGCACGGCAUCUCACAGGUGGUGAAGGAGCACGUGACAAAGCCAACGGCCAUGGCACAGGGCCGUGUCGCCCACCUCAUUGAGUGGAAGGGCUGGUGUAAGCCAGUGGAGUCACCUUCUGCCCUGGAGAGCGCCUUCAGCUCCUACUGCCACCUGAGCGAGGGCGAGCAGGAGGCGCGAUUCGCUGCUGGUGUGGCGGAGCAGUUUGCCAUUGCUGAGGCCAAGCUGCGAGCCUGGUCCUCAGUGGAUGGGAACGACUCCAAUGAUGAGUCCUAUGAUGAGGACUUCAUGCCCUCCACGGAGAGCUCCCAGCCCACCGAGCUGACAGGCACGAUGCCCGCCAGCGCGCUGCUGCGAGACCUGCUGCAGGGCCACCUGUGCCAACUGGGCGUGCGGCACGGCUCCUGCGAGCCCGAGAGCGACUCCUCGCACACCCUCUCCCCUGAGACUCUCUGCUCCAGCCUCUGCAGCCUGGAGAUGGUGUCCCCCUCUGAACUCACUGCCAAACUGCUGGGCUCCCUGGGGGGCGAGGACCUGCUGCUGCCCAAGCUGCCGCCCCCAGCCAGCCAAAGUGCCUUGCGGGGCCUGGCACGGCUCCGGUGCCAGGACUCCCUCUACUCCGUGUCCUACGCCGAAGCCUGUCUCUCACCCACGGAGGACGAGGUGGUGCUGAGCAAGGACUUCCCACUCCGCCGGAAAAUCUCUGACGUCGCCUCCUCUGGGGUGGCAUCGCUGGAGGAGGAGGAGGCUGAAGAGCCCUGAUGCCUCCUGGGGUGCCCUGCCUCUCCUGGUGGGGGUCCAGGUCCCCUGCUGAAGCCCUCUGGCCAGACCCCAUGCUGGGUGAGG